AGCUCUAAGCACCCAAACCCUUGCUCCUCUUCAGUCUCAAUGGCUAGCGUUACGGAUACCGAUAGCAGUCAGCUUAUAUUAAUAAGACGAAGCUGCUUUCCCGAAGACUUCGUAUUUGGAGCAGCAUCUUCAGCUUACCAGUAUGAAGGUGCUGUUUAUGAUUAUGCCAACGGAGGUAUUGCUAUUCAUUAUGGCAAAGGGCUAAGUAUUUGGGAUACCUUCACUAAAAACCAUCCAGAGAGGGUUGUUGAUCACAGCAAUGGAGACAAAGCUGUUGAUGAGUAUCAUCGCUAUAAGGAAGACGUUGCCCUCAUGAAGGACAUAGGUUUUGAUGUUUAUAGAUUCUCAAUUGCUUGGUCAAGAAUUUUUCCAACCGGAAAGCUUUGUGGGGGUGUGAACCAACAGGGAGUUCGGUACUACCAUAAUCUCAUCGAUGAAAUGCUUGCAAAUGGCAUCAAACCUUAUGUCACACUAUUUCAUUGGGAUGUUCCUCAAGAUUUAGAAACCGAGUAUGGUGGAUUCUUGAAUCUUCAAAUUGUAGAUGAUUUUCGAGACUUUGCUGAGUUUUGUUUCAAGGAGUAUGGACAAAAAGUGAAACAUUGGAUAACCUUAAAUGAACCAGUCAUGUUCGCAUCCAAAGGCUAUGGAACUGGAGAACUCGCACCCGGUAGGGGUGCAGAGUGGGAUCCAAGUCGCUAUCUUGGUGGUAAUUCUGGCACCGAACCAUACACCGUUGGUCACCACCUUAUUCUUGCACACGCCGCAGCUGCCAACCGUUACAAGACCAAAUAUAAGGCAGACCAAAAGGGCGAGAUUGGCAUCACAUUGGCAUCAACAUGGUACAUACCAUAUUCAGAUUCUGAGGAAGACAACAAAGCUAGAGAUCGGGCUUUUGAUUUUUCACUUGGUUGGAUGUUGCAUCCAAUUGUUUAUGGAGAUUAUCCACAAAGCAUGAGAGAUUUGGUGGGGUGGAGAUUGCCCAAAUUCACAAAGGACGAAACCACUUUCAUCAUGAACUCCUUUGAUUUUCUUGGCAUAAACUAUUACACAGCUAAUUAUGCAAAACACAAUCCCAAUAACGUUCACCGAGGUGAAAGCUAUUUGAAUGAUAUUCAUGCAACUCUUUCAACUGAUCGUGAUAAAAUCUCAAUUGGUCCAAAGGCGAGUCCAGAGUCUUGGCUAGCUGUUUAUCCCAAAGGAAUACAAGACUUGUUGAUAUAUAUAAAGGAUAAUUAUCACAAUCCAGUUAUCUAUAUUACAGAAAAUGGAUACCUCGACUUUGAUAGCCCCAAUACUAAACAUUUAAUAAGAGAUGAGGCCAGAGUCAAAUAUAUUCAUGACCAUCUCAUUUAUCUUCUUAAAGCAUUGAAAGAUGGUGUCAGGGUACGUGGCUAUUUUGCAUGGUCAUUCUUGGACAACUAUGAAUGGACAUGUGGAUACACUAUGCGUUUUGGUCUCAUCUUUGUUGAUUUCAACAAGAAUUUGAUGAGAAUUCCGAAAGAUUCAUCAAAAUGGUUCCACCGUUUUCUCAAGACCUGAAAAUGAUACACAAACCGUCCGUAUUGUAUGAUAUAUUAUCAUUUUGUGUGUUGUUAUUGCAACCUUUUAGAGCACUUACUACUGGGAGAAGAUACUAAAUAAAUUGCAAUGACAAAUGCUUUUAUUUUUUACGAAGUAACUUUAUGUUUUCUAUCGAAGGUAUGAAGUAAAAUAAAGACCGCUAUGUUUUCUA